UUUUAUCCCUUGAAGAUUUUUCUGGGUUUUAUUUACUGUUUUGUCCCGUAGGAGGUUUGUUUCUCACAGGGUGACGUGAUGUCCACAGGGUGGAAGUGGAGUAAGGUGAGCCUGUGGAAUUGGCGGGGAUCGAUUGGGCCGAGCGCCAAAGUAGAGGCCAAGAAACAGAAUGCUGCCAGCACCCAGUGAUGUGCUGUGAGCCUCUUCCCAAUUAUAUUGCAUCCUCACACCCAAAGGUCCUGAUGCCCCAGGAGCAAAAGGAUUAUGUGAAGGAGGAAAAAGUUACGAGAUGUGGUGUCAGUUUUUACGGGGGCACGCCUGACCGAGACUGAGAUUUCUGAAGAGAAACUAAAAGUAGAUCCAGGAGACACAAGGCAGAGCUUCCCUACCGCCAGCUGUUUUCAGGGAGCAGAACAAAUGACCCAGGCCCAGGAAUCCCUGACAUUUGAUGAUGUGGCCGUGGACUUCACCUGGGAGGAGUGGCAGCUCCUGGCCCCCGCUCAGAAGGACCUGUACUGGGAUGUGAUGUUGGACAACUAUAGGAACCUGGUGUCAGUGGGUUUUCACAUCAGCAAGCAAGAUGUGCUCUCCAAGUUGGAUCAAAGAGAACCAACAUGGACAGUGGAAGAAGACAUCCCCUGUCAAACCCGUUCAGAAACCUGGAAACUUGAUGACUACUUGCCAGAGCACUUACAAAGUGAAAUCAAGGAGAAUAGCCUAGAACGACGGCGCAAACAGAAAACAUUUGAAAAUAACGUUCAUCAGAGCACAGCUCGUUUCGUGUUAAGGCAAAAUCAUGAUAUGUGUGGCUUACAUGGAGAAACUAUGAAACCAAACUUAACUUUACUUCACCAGAGCAGAAGCUAUGAAAUAAAGAACCCUGCAGAUCUUACUGGAGGUGGAAAAUCCUUUCUACAUGCUAUUAAUGAACAGUUUCAUCCCAAAAUUAAAUUCCCUGAAAGCAGAAAACUCAUUAGUACUAAGUCCCAAUUCAUCAAGCAUCAGAAAACGCAAAAAACAGACAAACCUCAUGUAUGCAGUGAAUGUGGGAAAGCCUUCAUCAAGAAGUCCUGGCUCACUGAUCACCAGAUCAUUCAUACAGGAGAGAAACCCCACAGGUGUAGCCUGUGUGGGAAAGCAUUCUCCAGAAAGUUCAUGCUUACCGAACACCAGAGAACACAUACAGGAGAAAAACCUUAUGAAUGCACUGAAUGUGGCAAAGCCUUCCUGAAGAAAUCACGGCUCAAUAUACAUCAGAAAACACAUACAGGAGAGAAACCAUAUAUAUGCAGUGAAUGUGGAAAAGGCUUCAUCCAGAAGGGAAAUCUUAUUGUACAUCAGCGAAUCCAUACUGGAGAGAAACCUUAUAUAUGCAAUGAGUGUGGGAAAGGCUUCAUCCAGAAGACAUGCCUGAUAGCACAUCAAAGAUUUCACACAGGAAAGACUCCCUUUGUGUGCAGUGAAUGUGGAAAAUCCUGUUCCCAGAAGUCAGGUCUCAUUAAACAUCAAAGAAUUCACACGGGAGAGAAACCCUUUGAAUGCAGUGACUGUGGGAAAGCCUUUACCACAAAGCAAAAGCUCAUUGUCCAUCAGAGAACUCACACAGGUGAAAGACCCUAUAUCUGCAGUGAGUGUGGGAAAGCUUUCGCCUACAUGUCUUGCCUUGUUAAACAUAAGAGAAUACACACAAGAGAGAAAUGUGGAGAUUCAGUCAAAAUGGAAAAGCCUCCCUCAGAGAAUCACAGCUUAUCACAGACGAGUGGUGCCAUGCAGGAGAAAGACCUUGUCAAUACAGUGACUAUGCACGUGCCUUCGGUGGCUUGUCAGACGCCAGUAAACAUCAGUGGGCUCUUAGCAAAUAGGAAUGUGGUCCUAGUGGGACAGCCUGCAGCCAGAUGUGCACCUUCAGGAGACAACAGAGGAUUGACACAGGACAGAAACCUUAUGAAUGCAGUGAAUGUGGUCAUGCCUUCAGUGGUCAAUUAUGUCUUAUUUUAUGUCGCAGAAAACCAGUAGGAGAAAGCUCAGAGACCUUCUAUGUGGAGAAGGGUUGAGCAAAAAUUUCUAGGUCAUAGUAUGGCUGAAAAGUAUAUACUGAGAGGAACUAUAUAAAUGCCGAGGCUGGGAAAGCCUGAUCUCCUCAUCCUAUUAAAAAUAUGCAUUGAUACAUAGGCAUAAUCUGAUGUCAACCCAAAUACAUACACCUCAAUUGCUGUAUUGUGUCUGUUAAAGGAAUGAAGGAAGUCAGAGUUCAGUAAGUGGAGGGAAUAAGUCGGUGAAUUUUAAAAACAUACAAGGAAGGGGCGCCUGGGUGGCUCAGUUGGUUGGGCGACUGC